AAUAAUAAUAACGCUGUGCUAGCUUUUGUGGCGUCUUUGUUUGUGAGUUUGAACAUAUAUACACUGUGUAAGUGCUGCCACCAUUUUGAAAAACAUCUAAAACAAAAACUCUUAUUUUUCACUUCCUCACACCCUCACUCUCUAAAUUUAUUUUGGGGUACGCAAGGAACGUGUUUCGCUUAGGAUCAUCAUUUACUAGCAUUUUUGGGUGAAGGUGUUGUUUUCAGCAAAGAGAAAAAAGAGAGAAAUCAAGAAGAGCAUAUGGUGGUGCCUGAGUCUCAGAUGAAUUCCCAAAACGAGGUAGAAUCGCCGCUACAAUUGGAGGAGCAGCAACAACAACAAAACAACAACAACAACAAGAACCACCCAUUCUCAUCACUAGGAAGACAAUCUUCUUCAAUAUACUCGCUCACCCUCGACGAGUUCCAACACACUCUAUGGGAGAAUGGCAAGAAUUUUGGGUCCAUGAACAUGGACGAGUUCCUCAGCAGCAUAUGGAGUGCAGAAGAGAAUCAAGUUUUGAACAAUUCCGUCUCUAACCACAACAACUUGUCUUUAGAAGCUUCAACAGAGAAAGGUGUGAUAAGGAAGGAACCAAGCCUUCCUCGGCAAGGUUCUCUAACACUUCCUGCACCUUUGUGUAGGAAAACAGUGGACGAGGUUUGGUCUGAGAUACACAAAGGACAACAAUCUCAACAACAACAGCAACAGAACAAUAACACUAACAACAAUUGUGGCAGUAAUAAUAAUAAUAAUGUACAGAAUACCGAAUCUGCCCCUCGCCAACCUACGUUUGGAGAGAUGACUUUGGAGGAUUUCUUGGUUAAAGCUGGGGUAGUUAGGGAACAGGGUGGAAUGGCUGCAAUGCCUGUUCAAGCUUCAGCACAUCAGCAUGUGCAACAAUAUGGCAUGUAUCCAAAUAACAACCCUACAAUGGGGGCUUCUUUUGUCGGUAGGCCGGUGAUGGGGAUGGCCGGUGGCGUCCGUGUUGGCAGUGGUGGUAGAAAUGUGGUUGCACCGCCUUACCAGGCGGUGCCUCAGGGUGGUGUUGGUGUUGGUGUUGGUGGUGCAAUUGCGGAGUCUUCAGGGUAUGCUGGAAAUGGAAAGAGGGAUGUUGGGUAUCCACCGGGGGCGCCGGGGGUUUGCUUUGGAGGGAGGGUGGUGAAUGGUGGCGGUGGCUAUGCGGCAGUGAGUAAUAUGGGAGUGGUGGCGCCGGUUAGCCCGGUUUCGCCGGAGGGGAUAGGAACCGGCGAAAACUCUGGUGGGCAGUUUGGGAUGGACAUGAGUAUGUUGAGAGGGAGAAAGAGGGUGUUGGAUGGUCCUGUGGAGAAGGUGGUGGAGAGAAGGCAGAGGAGGAUGAUCAAGAACAGAGAAUCAGCAGCCAGAUCUAGAGCAAGAAAACAGGCAUACACUGUUGAACUGGAAGCAGAAUUGAACCAAUUGAAAGAAGAGAACGGCCAACUUAAACUAGCUCUGGCCGAUCUUGAGAGGAGAAGAAAGCAACAGCAUUUAGAUCAGGAAGUGAAUGGAAGAGUUCAAACCAACGCCCAGAAGGCCAAAAAGAAAUUGAGAUCAUUGAGAAAGACCCUAAGUUGCCCUUUAUGAGUAAAUUAAAAUUAAGGAUCUACAUGUGUAACCGAUGACAGUUCUUUAUUUAGAUUUUAGUACAUAGAGGAGUUGGUUGUGGUGGAUAUUCUUGUGUUUUGCUUGAACAAAACUCCAUGAUGCAAAAGCAAGAAGGAAGCAUGACAUGGAAAAAACUGAGACUAAUGCCAAAGCCAACUAAAGGGAACAGUAACACAAUUGCUCAAGCAAGUUCGUGACCAAUCAAGGAUUAGAUGACUGUUUUUCAAAUGAGUAACUAGUUAGUGGAAUAUAGUAAAUAUAUAUAGUUUGAUGACAUUUUCAAUGUCAAAUAAAUAAAAUCAUAGUUGCCUGUAUGGCUGUAUUAA